AUGGACAAGAAUGAAGAGGACUUACCACCAAUACAAAUAGAUCAAUUAGAGGAUCAAAUUAUCGAUCAUCCAGAUGAAGAUACUAGGCAACAAUUACAUGAUACCUCAUUAGAUGAAACCUUUCAACAAAAAUUAAGUGCAAAAGCUAAACAAUUUGAUGUGAAUAAUGAGAAGCAAUUCAUCAAUAGCUUGAAUGAUUUAGAUUUGACUGAAGCAAAUGAAUUUGGUAGUGGGAAAGAGAAUCAUACGAAUAACACCAAUGGAUCCUCGUUAAACUAUCAAUUCUUGAUGACUAAGCUGCAUUUGGAGUUUGUUAAGAAAGAAUUCUAUGAUUUACAACAAGAAAUAUCAGAGUGGUUUUCUUAUAACGAUUUGAAAACUUUGGGUGGAUUGGAUCGAUUGACAGACAUAUAUGAAAAACGAAAUGAUAUUAAAAAUAUUGCAAGGGAACUAAAUGAGAUGACAAUUGAUAACAACUUGGUGAAUUUAAAAAGUGUUUUAUAUUAUAGUUUUGGCGAGUAUGCUACAAAAUCAACUCCUGAUGAACAAUUGGGGUCGAUAACGAAUAAUAAUUUGAAGUUGAUCAAACUUGAACUUUACAGACCUUUGGUGAGAAUACUAAAAGAUUUCAUGAUGGAACGCAUAAGAGUGGAUACAACAUCAUCAAGUGAGCUGGUUGUGUCAAAUAAGAUUGAAGAAACCUAUUUUAGAAUCUUGACCUUAAUCUUUUUCAUGACAUUGGUCUCAUUAUAUAACAAGGAUAAUCUUCAUGUGCUAUUAUUUAAAAGUUACUUACUGAAAGUUGAAUUAACAGAGAUUAUAAUCCAAUUUAUUGAGCAUUGGAAAUGGUACAAAAAUAGCUCCUAUAGGAUUAGACAUGUGAUAACACUAUUAAAUAAAUUAAUAAUUUUGGAAAUGGGUGAUUCUGAUCAUUUGAAGAAUUGUGAUAAUUUCCUUAAUGAGUUGCAUAAUGUAAGGAAUAAUUUAGAAGGAGAGAACGGGAAGACAAAAUUGACUUUGUCACCUUUAGAUUACUUUUCUUUUAGAGAAGAUUUGUUAGAUAAAUACCCUUUAUUUGACUAUACAAAAGAGCAAUUAAAUAAUAAUUCAAAUCAAGCUAAUAACAAUGCAGAAUCAAUUGAAAAAAAAUAUCAAUAUUUUAUGGCCAUCAACAACUUUUCAAGUUCAUUAUCAAAUAUCAUAGAGCCACCAAAGACUAACAAAUCACAUACAGUUUUGAGUCAAUUACCUGCACAGCAUGUUCAUAUAGCUACACCGUUGCCAUCUCCCAAAUUAAUGUCAUCAGAAUAUAUGUCAGGAGGCGAGAAAAUAAGAAAGUCAUACCAGGUCAAUCAAUCUAUGCCAUUUAUUUAUCCUAAUGAUGAGGAAAAAAAUUCAAGCGUGCCUUUGGCGAUAGUUGAAGCGGAUGAGAUUUUGAAAAAUUCGAUUUAUGAAAACUACUCAUUGAAAAGACUAUGGAAUGAAAGAGACAAAUUCAUGAAACAAGAAAGAGGAUACGAGACAUCUUAUGCAGACAAAGAUGAAUUUGAUUAUAAUUUUGAAGUUUUGAUAGAGAAAUUUCCGAGCAAAACCAAAGAAAUUGAAUCUUUAAAAAGAGUUGAAAGUUUUUACUCAAAAACAUAUUUUAGACUUUCUUCCAUCAUUGAAGUAUUUAUGGAGGUUUUGAAGAAUAAUAGAAUUGAAAAUAAUUUAACAUUCUAUGAAUUGGAGCUAAAUUCUUCAACAUCGUUCAUAGUCAACUCUCCAUUGACUCAAGAAAAUGAGAAGGCAAAAUCAAAAAUUGAAUCUGUUUUACUUGCGCAAUUGGAAGUAAUGAACAUAAAGGAAAUUCUCACAAAAACAACAACUGGUAUCAUUUUAUCCUUAUUAAGAUGGUUUAAAAUAAGUCAUGUCUUGAAAUACUACUACUUAUCCACGAUUUUAUUUGAUCAACAAUUUUUUAUCGUGGCAUUGGAUUUCAUCAGCACAAGCUUUAAUAAUGUCAAUAAUCAAUCAAUUCCACAACUGGAUUCAGACAAGAGAGAUGAGUUAAUUGAGUAUGAGAUAUUAAUUAAUCAAAAUAAAUUGAUGAAUCCUCAAAUUAUUCUACCGAAAUUAAAUUUUUUCAAUCGUUGUUUGGAAAAGGAUGAUAAAGAACAUACUUACAAAUUCACGAAUAAUGAAUUUAUAUCAGGUUUACCAAAAAAACUUGACACGAAUAACAUAAACAAUGUUUAUAUAAAGAAUUAUAAUGUGAAUUUCGCAACAAUAUUAUCUAAUUUAUUAAUUAUUACGAACAAAAUCCUAAUAAAAAAUCAAAUUCAAAGAAUAUUUAUCAUAAACGACCUAAAACCGUCUGAAUUAUUUAAAAUGAUACUAAUCAAUUAUGACAAUGAACAUUUCACUAAACCUAUAUUAAAAAUUCUUAAAAAAUUAGUCCCCUACCAAGGCAGAAAAUGGAAAAGUAAUAAUAUGGAUUUAAUCAGUUUAAUUUAUUUGAAUUGUAGACUAUCUUUGAAAGAUAAUUGGCUUAGUGGGAAAGACUUAGAAAAUGAUUUCAAUAUAAGUUUAGAUCAAGAAAUCGCGUUAAGAGGUUUACUACAAUUCUAUCAUUUAAAAAGGUAUGAUAGUUUCCCGUUAGGAUAUAGACUUGAUAAGACCGAUGAAUUAAGCGCUACAAUUCCAAAGUUGGAUUUAAGUAAAUGA